GACCCUUGUAACGACGCACGAACAAUAAGAUGUCGUCCAUUAUGAGUAAAAUAAAUGUUUAUCGUUCAAGGCCGGUCAUUGAUUUUUGUGUCAGCAUGACCUAAAAAGCAUCCCCUACUCUCCUUCUGAUGUACAUCCGAUUAUUUGGUGGAUUGACGGCCGUUUAAUAAUAGACGUAACGUCAUGUCGUUUUGGGUGGAUUCUGUCGUCAUGUUCACCUCUCAGGUGCUGUUCUUUGGAUUUGGCUGGCUAUUCUUCAUGCGACAGCUAUUUAAAGACUAUGAGGUGCGGCAGUAUGUGGUGCAGGUGGUCUUCUCUGUCACCUUCGCUUUUUCGUGUACUAUGUUUGAGCUCAUCAUCUUUGAGAUCCUGGGGGCCUUAAGUAGUAGUUCCAGAUAUUUCCACUGGAAGCUGAAUCUGUACGUGAUUCUGCUGGUCCUUAUCUUUGUGGUGCCUUUCUACAUCGGCUACUUUGUGGUUAGCAACAUUCGCCUGUUGCACAGACAGAGGUUGCUGUUUGCCUGCAUGGUGUGGUUUACCUUCAUGUAUUUCUUCUGGAAGUUGGGCGAUCCUUUUCCCAUCCUCAGUCCCAAACAUGGCAUUCUGUCCAUUGAGCAGCUCAUCAGUCGUGUUGGUGUGAUAGGAGUCACUCUCAUGGCUCUCUUGUCUGGCUUUGGUGCCGUCAACUGUCCCUACACGUACAUGUCCUAUUUCCUCAGAAACGUGACAGACAGUGACAUUCUUGCUUUGGAGAGACGGCUGCUUCAAACAAUGGACAUGAUUGUCAGCAAGAAAAAACGCAUCGCCAUGACGCGGAGGCAGAUGUACCAACGCGGAGAAGACCAGAACAAGCAGACGGGAUUGUGGGGCAUGAUUAAGAGCGUCACAUCGCCGCAAACGUGCAGCGAAAAUCUGUCUCUCAUCCAGCAGGAGGUGGACGCUCUGGAGGAGCUCAGUCGACAGCUUUUUCUCGAGACUGUGGACCUGCAAGCCACCAAGGAGCGCAUUGAGUACUCCAAGACAUUCCAGGGAAAAUACUUCAACUUCCUUGGCUACUUCUUUUCCAUCUAUUGUGUCUGGAAAAUCUUUAUGGCCACCAUCAACAUUGUGUUUGAUCGAGUGGGAAAGACGGAUCCGGUGACUAGAGGCAUUGAAAUAACUGUCAACUACUUGGGCAUCCAGUUUGAUGUGAAGUUUUGGUCCCAGCACAUCUCCUUCAUCUUGGUGGGCAUCAUCAUCGUCACGUCCAUACGAGGUUUACUCAUCACCCUCACAAAGUUCUUUUACGCUAUAUCAAGCAGCAAGUCUUCCAAUGUCAUCGUGCUGGUCCUGGCUCAGAUCAUGGGCAUGUACUUUGUGUCGUCGGUGCUGCUCAUGCGUAUGAGCAUGCCGCUGGAGUACCGCUCCAUCGUCACCGAGGUUCUGGGAGAGCUGCAGUUCAACUUUUACCACCGCUGGUUCGACGUCAUCUUCCUGGUCAGCGCCCUGUCCAGCAUCCUCUUCCUCUACCUGGCCCACAAGCAAGCGCCCGAGAAGCACAUGACACUGUGACCCCCCCGCAAACCCACCAACAUGUUCUUUUGUAUCAUUGCAAUUGUUCCAACCACACGUUCCUGAAUCAGGAAUUUUAAAAGUGGACUCUUAAAUACAAAAUGUGGAAUAAAAGGUUUCUAUUUGUUUGCUAAAUGGAAUGGGUUUUUUUUGUUUUGUUUUUGUGCUACUUUUUGUCUUUUUUUAGUGUGAACACACUGGAGCUGCUUCUAUCAAUAUCUCACUUCAUGACUUUCUCUUAUUUCACUGUGCAAUUUCUAAAGUGUUCAAUAAAAGCAGCAGACUUGU